GGGUGUGUGGGCGUCAUGGUGCUGCCACGUGAUAGGUCGAGACAACAACAGAUGGAGGUUCGCGCCAAAUUUAAGGAAUUAUCAUCAGAAGCUUGGCCGGCGAGGCUUGGGAAGGACGUUCAUCUGGGUACUGAGAGACUUGCUUCUCGUGUCUCAUCGUUCAAGAUGCCAGCCAACGUACUUACUGAGAGAGUAAACAAUGUCACCCUUGAAGAUAAGGAAAAUAAGGUCAUAAACCAGAAGGUGAACAAGACUGCCCUGAAAGAAAAAACACCCAAGCAAACUGGCAAGGUAAUUGCAGUGGACAGGGAGGCAGAGCCCCUCCUGAGAGAUAAUCCAGGACGUUUUGUCAUCUUCCCCAUUAAGUAUCAGGACAUCUUCAAAAUGUAUAAGAAAGCUGUGGCAUCUUUCUGGACUGUUGAAGAGGUGGACUUGUCCAAAGAUCUUGGAGAUUGGGAGAAGCUGAAGGAUGAGGAACGGCAUUUCAUUUCUCAUGUCCUUGCCUUUUUUGCUGCUUCUGAUGGUAUCGUUAAUGAAAACCUGGUAGAACGUUUUUGUCAAGAAGUGCAAGUACCAGAAGCAAGGUGUUUCUAUGGUUUCCAAAUUGCGAUUGAAAAUAUUCAUAGUGAGAUGUACAGCCUGCUCAUUAACACGUACAUAAAAGAUUCACAAGAACAGAACAGAUUAUUCAAUGCUAUUGAAACUCUGCCAUGUGUUAAGAAGAAAGCUGAAUGGGCUCUAAGGUGGAUUGCCCACGACACUGCUACAUAUGCAGAACGCAUUAUUGCUUUUGCAGCUGUAGAAGGUAUUUUCUUUAGCGGCUCAUUUGCUGCAAUCUUUUGGCUCAAAAAGCGUGGUUUAAUGCCAGGGUUGACUUUCAGUAAUGAGCUGAUCUCCAGGGAUGAGGGCUUACACACUGAUUUUGCUUGCUUAAUGUUUAAGCAUUUGGUGAACAAGCCAGGCCAGAAACAUAUACAGUCUAUUAUUGACAAUGCAGUGAAAAUUGAGCAAGAAUUUCUAACUGAUGCCCUUCCAGUAAAUCUCAUUGGCAUGAACUGUGAACUAAUGCGCCAGUAUAUAGAGUUUGUUGCUGACCGCCUUCUUCUGGAGUUAGGCUGUGAGAAACUUUACAAGGUAGAUAACCCAUUUGACUUCAUGGAAAACAUCUCUUUAGAAGGAAAGACUAAUUUCUUUGAGAAGAGAGUAGGAGAAUAUCAGAAAUGUGGUGUAAUGAGCUCUACAGAACAGCGUAGCUUCACGUUAGAUGCAGAUUUUUAGCAAAAGAAUCUCUCUCAUUUUGUAAGGAAUACAGUGGACCCCCGGUUAACGAUAUUUUUUCACUCCAGAAGUAUGUUCAGGUGCCAGUACUGACCGAAUUUGUUCCCAUAAGGAAUUUUGUGAAGUAGAUUAGUCCAUUUCAGACCCCCAAACAUACACGUACAAAUGCACUUACAUAAAUACACUUACAUAAUUGGUCGCAUUCGGAGGUGAUCGUCAUGCGGGGGUCCACUGUACAAGUACCAUGUGUGAUUUCAGUUUUUAUAUUAAGCAUUUUAUAAUCAUACUGCAUUGAUGCAAUGUGCACUAGUAUGUGUGAUUGUUAUAGUGUCCUGUAUAUUUUGUAUAUUUUCAUAGUUUUUAUUUCUACAAUAAAUUUUUUAUGCUUUUA